UCAAAAACCCAAAACCACUUGCUCUUAAUUCCGCCACCUCCCAGAUCUAUAAAAAAAAACCCCUCCUCCGGCAAACACAUCCUUCCGAUGUCGACGACCAGCGCUCCUCCCCAGCCGCCGCCGCUGCGGUCCCUCCCCGGGUCCUACGGGUGGCCGGUGGUGGGUCCCGUUUGGGACAAGCUGAACUACUUCUGGUUCCAGGGCCCCGUCGAGUUCUACAAGAAGGGGAUCGAGAAGAACAAGUCGACGGUGUUCCGCACCAACGUCCCGCCGAGCUUCCCGCUGUUCGUGAGCGUGAACCCCAAGGUGGUGGCGCUGCUGGACACGACGUCGUACUCACACAUGUUCGACCCGGAGAUCGCCGACAAGAGGGACACACUGCUCGGGGAUUUUAUGCCUAGUUUGGGAUACACCGGCGGCCAGAGGACUGUUCCUUAUCUCGAUACGGAGGAGACCAAACACACUCAGAUCAAAAGGUUCGGGCUGGACAUCCUGAAGCGGGGCUCCAAGCUGUGGGUGUCGGAGCUUCAGGUCAACCUUGAAGAAAUGUGGACGGCGGUGGAAGCCGAGGUGUCGGCCAAAGGCAGCUCCAGCUUCGCGAGCCCAAUGAAGCAGAGCAUGUUCAAGUUCAUCAACAAGGUUUGCCUGGGAGCCGAGGUUUCCAAGUCGCCGGAGAUCGCCAAGUCCGGGAUGUCGUUCAUCGACCGUUGGUUCUUCCUCAUGGUCUUUCCGACCAUCAACAUCAACGUCGUCCAGCCGCUCGAGGAGAUCUUCCUCCACUCUUUUGCUUACCCUCCUUUCCUCGUCCGCGGCGGAUACAACAAGCUUAUUGAUUUCAUCAAGACUGAAGGACGCGAAACGGUCCAACGUGGCAUGACCGAGUACGGUCUAACCGAGGAAGAAACGGUCCACAACCUGUUCUUCAUGUUCUACUUCAACUGCCUGGAGGGAUUCAACCUCUUGCUCCCCGACAUACUGGGCCGCUUGUUCACCGACAAGACCGGCCUGCAAGACAGGCUCCGGGCCGAAGCCAGGCAGAACGGUGGGCCGGACCUGACUUUCGAAGCCGUGAAGCAGAUGCCCAACAUACGAUCCCUGGUCUGGGAGACACUCCGGUUCAAGCCGCCGGUCCCGACCCAGUACUCCCGGGCCAGGAAGGACUUCCGGCUCAGCUCGCACGACGCGUCGUACGAGAUCAAGAAGGGGGAGCUGCUGUGCGGGUACCUGCCCUUGGUGAUGCGCGACCCGGUCAUCUUCAACGACCCGGAUACGUUCCAACCGGACCGGUUCGUGGGCGAGAAGGGGACCGAUCUGUUGAAGUACUUGUACUGGUCGAACGGACCGGAGACGGCGGAUCCCACAGCGACCAACAAGCAGUGCAUGGGGAAGGACUACGUGACGCUCUCCGCGUCGAUGCUCGUGGCCUACAUAUUGCGACGCUAUGAUUCGAUCAAAGGGGACAGCUCGAAGAUCACGGCCGUCGAGAUGGCUAAGUGAUGGGGUUUGACGUGGACGGUUGCGAUUGUAAGUUGAAAUUUUUGUUGUUGUGUUAUUUGGGUAUUUUGUGGGUAAUAAUGGAUGGAAGGCCAGAUAUGUGGAUUUAGGAAGUGAUCGAGUGGAUGGAGCUGGUUCUACUGUCGAAUUGAUGAGGGGGCGAUAUGUGUUGUAACUUAUAACUGUGUGGCAGUGUGCCGUGUUUUCUUUUGGAUGGUAUAUAUUUGUGAAUUUUUUUUGACACGUCGUCUUCAUUAUAUUUGCUAUUGAUGUCGAUUAUCAACCAUCGG